AUGCCUUUCUUCUCACGCGUCUUCCGGGGCAAGGACUCCAGUGCCACCAAGAAACAUUCAAAGCCCACCACUACCACUGACACAACCCCCGCGAGACCCAAAUGGACCGAUGCCUGGCAACGCACUGAGGUCUCCCCCGAAGAGGUGGCCGACCUCGUGAGAGGCUGUUCGCAGGAAUUGAAGGCGCGAGCUCUCAAUGUGCCCUUCCUCCUCCUACCCUUCCGACCGACCUCCGAUCCCAGUGCCGCCCGCACCUUCAUUCGCAACUACUUCAAUCAGUCCUUCGAGAGGGGGGCACCCGUCGCGGGAGAUGGCUUGAUGCAGGAGCUCCGGCUCAAUGAGCCCAUGGUGCUUUGCAGUGUCUUGAAAUGGUGUUGGAGUAGAUUGCCCGGAGGUAUUGUGACAUGGGACGCCUACGAGUUGUUCAAGGUUGGCGAACAAGAUUCGGACCACGCCCUCGACGCCUUCUCUACCUUCAUUCCCCUGAGUGUCGACUCCGAUGCCCGCACCAGCAUCAUUAACGACUUCUUCGAUCUUCUUGCUGCCAUUGCGGCCCAUGGCAAAUCCAACGGUCUCGGAGGCCGCAAGCUUUCCCGCUAUGCUGGAUGGUGGGCUUUCGAGCACAGUGAUACGGGUGGUGGCUUCGAGGCCUCUUACAAAAAUUGGGCUGCUGCUGCCGAUGCCACGAGCCAUCUCUUCUUUGCUUACCUCCGUUCGCUUACCCCGGAAGUCAAACGCGGCGUCGCGGGCAUUACCUCGCUCCCCAUCUCCCUGCAGUCGCUUGUGCAGGCAACCGAAUAUCCCCCACGAACACCGACUCUGCUGCAGGUCACAACGACCAAGGUUGUUAUGAUUGUCGACACCGUCUCUCCCACUCCUUUCUCGCUCCUCCGUCGUGCCAAGAACUUCGAAUACCGCGACGAACACUGGAAUUUACAGGAAUUCUCCAAUUAUGAAGACCCGGUCAAGGCAUUGACUGAAGAGUGCCUGCGUGUUUUGGGAUGUAUCUCUUCCACGAAUGAGUCCAGUGUCUCCAGCUCGAAGCAAUCCACCAGCCUUCGCGACGCAUCCUGGUCGAGAUUCGAGGAUAUCGGAUUUGGCGGUGCCAUCGACUCCGACCCCGAAGAUGAUGAUCAUAUGGUCCCAGCUCCACCUAAGAGCGAACCGGCAGCGAGCCUGAGGACUGCGCCUCGGUCCCAAGGUGGUGACCUUGGACGUCCCACAACUCCAUCCUGGGCAGACUUCAUGUCCUCUGGAUUUGCGGAUGAAGGAAACCUGAAACAGAAUGUCACACCUUUGCUGCUCACCCCGGACAAGAUGCUUCCUCCAAUCGCUGCCACGCGUGGCAUGAGCUCCCAGUCCCACAAGCGCAACUUGGACGCCGAACCCGCUUUGGAACCGGCUGAGUUGGCCAGCAUCAACUCUUUCGAUCUGGACGACUCGUUCUGGUGGGUUUGGAUCACCAGUCUGUCCAGCGACGAGCCUCUCGCCCGCAAAGCUGUCUUCGGCCGGUGUGCACUGCUCGAGACUGUCAUUCGGGGGACCAAGUGGUUGGUCCUAGAAGAACAGGUGAAGGGCGCUGCCCCAGAACCUGAGGCUGGCGCACAAUUCGUUGAGAAGAAGAGCUUCUUUAGCUUCGGAAGCCGUAAGGGCACAAAGCUAAACCGCCGCAAGUCAUCGGCCAAGAAGGUCUCCCCCAUUGAGGAGUCGUAUAAGCGUUCCAACAACCAAGCUCCUCAGAGCAAGUCCAGCAUUGGGCCUGAUCAACAUAAGCGCAUUCAGGCUGCCGCUGCUGCCCUCCAGAGGAAGAACCGCGAGGAGGCUGAAGCUAAAGAUACUAAUGUUAAUUUUGGCCGUGAUAACUUUUCCACCAAAACUAACUCCGUUUUGACACUCCAGCCCGGUAUUGUCAAUGAAGCUUCCUCUGCCAUGAAGUGGACCAAGAACUAUGACAAGAAUGCCUACCGUACCGCCUACCUGAGUGACAGCCGUGCUGGCACCGGUGCUGUCUCUGCAAAUGGUGAAUCUAUCGAGGCUGCCGACACUCUCGAGCCCGUCGCUGAGCCUACAGCAGAAGAUUCCGUGGCGCCCUCCGCUGCCCUUCCUCCCACGACUUCCAGGAAUGGCCCCCCUCCUCCUCCGAAGGACCCUGCCGCUGUGGCAACACCCCUACCACCCUCUCCGGAGCCGGCCAAGAAAACUUUGGAAGAACCAACCCCUCAGCCCGAGAAGAAGGGUAGCGCGAAGACUGUCGUUAUCGAGGAUCCCGUCGACUCACAACCCAAGCAAUCCUUGGACGAGUCCAACAAGAAGCUGAAGAAGAAGACCGGCAACAAUGGCUUCAAGAACAUGUUCGGCACCAACAAGAAAAAGACAACCGACCAGCCUGCCAUGAAGAGCACCGGAGCUAAGGAGAUCUCUUCUGUUGCUGCUGCCCGCGCUGCCCUUGAGGCCAAGGCUGCCGCCGCCCAGGAAUACAGUGCGCCCUCCCCUCCGAAGUCUGCCGUCAAGAAGAAGCCCGUUCCCGAGAAGCCUAGCACCCCUGUGGCUGCUCCCCCGGCAGUCCCAGCCCCGGCGCCCGAGAAGCCAUCCACUCCUCAACAGGCUCCCGAGUCUCCUGAGCAGGCCCGUGUCCCCAUCUCUCCUGCCAACAGCGGACCUCCCCAGACCCGCCAUGCUGUGGAGUACGAUGCCCUCUCUCGUGUCGAUACGAACGAGCGCACCGCCGCCGAUCAAGAGUUCUCCAAGUUCGACCAGGGUCCUCUUCUAGAGCAACCUGCCUUUGUUCCUGACACCCCGGCCACGCCGACUGCCCCAGUUCACUCUGAGCUUCCUCAAACCCCCACCAACGGCCACGGCGCAAAGUACCAACACACUACUACCCAGGCUGAGGCCAUUGCCACUGAAGAGGACCGCUGGGCGCAGAUCCGCAAGAACGCCGCCGAGCGUCAAGCUGCUGAAGCUGCCCACGCUUCCCGCCCUAGUGAGGAGCCCGAGGCACGCGUCAGUCAGUCUGAGCGCUCUGAUGAGGGUGAUACCAGCGGCGAAGAGACCAUCGAGUCGCGUGUCGCCCGCAUCAAGGCCCGUGUUGCGGAAUUAACCGGCCAACCCGCCUAA